GAACUGGUUCUUCAAUUUAAGAGACUGUACCCCAUCCCAAGUUUUAUUUCAGUUGGUGUUACAAUGAAUCUCUUGUAAGUUAAUUCAUUAGUAUAAUUAUUGAACAUGAAUUGCAAUAACCUAUUUGCAAACACAAAUAGACAAACAAACAAAAAACCCAGAAUAACAUGGGGGUUGAGAUUUUGUUUUUAUUUACAUAGGAAAUGAACACUCACAGCAGGGAACCUUUUAGGAACAACCGAUCACUCUGAAGACCCAAAUCACCAGAGCCCACAUGGCAGAACCCUGGAGGUAGCAAGCCUCCCUAAGACUGAUCAAUCUUAACUAUUAACCCCAGACCUAUUAUUAUUAUUGUUAUGACUCAGCUGCCCUAAAAAAAAUAUAACUUAUAAUUAUGUAUAUCCUUGUAUUCUGAUAUUAGGUAUAAUUAUUUCUAUAUCAAAUGUAAGUUUUCAAAAUGUUUUUCCCUCUCUAACCUCACACUUAUUCCACUAGAAUUUAGCACAGCAUAAUAGAUCCACACUUAGCAAGACAGCACAAAUACCUUACCAAACACUUAUUGCAGAUUUAAUUUGGAAGAAAAGAUACAUACCAAACCCCAGGGCAUUACUCCAUAACAGAACAUAACCUGUAGCAACAUAAUAGUAUGAACACUUAGAAAUUAAACAAAUUUGACUUAUAAGUACAGAGAAGUCAAUACUUGCUUGGCUUAUGGAACCAAGAAUUGGAUGCUAACAGAAUCAGGCCUAAACACACUCUGAAAAAAAGGCACUAGUAAAUUUCAAAAGCUCCAUUUACAUGCAAAUAGAAUUAGAAUUUAGCUUUCUAGCCUUAUACAAGUAGUGGUAGUCUCUCAGUGACAAUUGUCUUUGGGCAUUAUGAUCUAUUGAUGUACCCUCAUGUGGCUUUGAAGUCCAAAGACUGAGGCGCAAAGUUUGUGGCAUAUGGGGCAUGGGACUCCAGUUGUUACGGGAGGUGCGGUUGUGGCCUGGUGUCAGCAUUCACGCACAGCGGCAAGACGUCAAUGUCGUUCAUCUUCAAAGGUGGUGACGGCAUGGUUAAUGUGGAUUCACCAGCUUCUUCUGACAGAGGCAGCAAGUUCUAGUUGCUUUGGUGUAAUGCCAGCCCACUUCAAGUUGGACUUUAGCUGAUCCUUGUAUCUUUUCUUUGGGUUGGCCUUGUUUCCUGAGUCCAACUGACAGUUCACCACAGAAUACCUGUCUUGGUAUUUGCGGUAGGUCCAUGUGGAUGACGUGUCCAGACCAUUGUAGCUGGGUUUUGAGGGCCAUUACUUUGAUGCUGGUGGAGUUGGCUCUGUUGAGUACUUCCUGAUUGGUGAUUUGGUCCUGCCAUCGGAUCCUCAUGAUUGACCAGAGAGAGCGUUGGUGGAAUUGCUCCAGCUGUUUCAUGUGCUUUCGGUACAAUGUCCAUGUCUCGCAACCAUACAGGAGCGAGCUGAGGACCACUGCGUUGUACACUUUGAGCUUCGUCGCAGUGCCAGUUCCAACACCUCUGUGUUGAAGGACUUUGGAGCGCAGCCGCCCGAGUGCCUGGCUGGUCUUUUGGAUCCUGGCAUUAAUCUCGUGGUCUAGGGACCCAUCGUUGGUGAUGGUGCUGCCCAGGUACUUGAAAGUGUUGACAAUAGAAAGCUGCGUGCCGUUGAUUGUAAUGCAUGGCUAGUUAGUUGGCCUCCUUGGUGCAGAUUGGAACAGCACCUCUGUUUUGCUGAGGCUGAUAGUCAGGCCAAACAGUUUUGUUGUGGUAGAGAACCUGUCCACAAUGGUUUGAAGAUGAUUUUCUUGGUGGGCCAUGAGAGCACAGUCUUCUGUGAAGAGAGCUUCCAGGAUGAGUCUCUCUGUUGUCUUUGUUUUUGCAGUCAGGUGGUGAAGGUCGAAUAGUGAGCCAUCCAGUUGGUAUUUGAUGUAGACGCCCAGGUCUAGAUCCAUCACAGCAUGUCGUAAUAUUUGGGUGAAGGAUAGGUUGAAAAGUACUGGAGUGAGGACACAGCCUUGUUUCACGCCAUUGGAGAUAUUGAAGCGAUGGGAAGUCUCUCCACCAGAUAGGACUUCCCCAUCAUGUUGACAUGAAAGAGCUGGAUCAGUUUGAUGAAUUUUGCUGAGCAACCGAGCUUGCUAAGGAUCACCCACAAUGUGUCCCUGUUCACUGUGUCGAACGCCUUUGUCAGGUCUAUGAAGACAAUGUAGAGACUCAGGUUCUGCUCAAGGCAUUUUUCCUGCAUUUGCCUCACCGUGAAGACCAUGUCGAUCGUGCUGCGAUCUGGUUGGAAGCCACAUUGUGAUUCAGGCAGGUUCUGCUCUGAAACGGAUGAGAACCUGCCUACAAACCAUACACCCACAUACCUUAUCUUCAUUUGUUAAAUUUAUAUGAAAAAGGAGCAGAUGUGGGAACAGCAUUAGAAGAUUGGGGGCUUCCAUUCCAGCAAGGUUGUGGAAUGCCUAAUGCACCCAGUCUGCAAGGUCUCUAGGUAUAGAGACAGACCUGUGGUUCCUAUAUAGUUUAUCUGUGGGUGGUGACCUGAGAAGGAGAAUGGAGGCUAGAGGAAUAUGGAUGUGAGAUAGAUAAGGGCUGUCAGGGCAAGAGAUACAAGAAUAAAGACUCAGAGACCACAAGUUAAAACACCUGGGGAGAUGCAAGCUCUGUAAUUACCUCUCUAGAAAGAGAAAGCAAGUGGAGAAAUUAUAAGUAUGAGGACCAAGAGAACCUGCGUGGAGCUGAAAACUCUGGGAUAUCCCCCAUGGGCCACACAGCCAAGAGAUUAAUGGGAGAUGUGCAAGGCAGCUGUGCUGCGUAAGUCAGUCAGACACGAGGAACAUAAUGGGCCACAGGAAGAUCAAGAUUGUAAGAGGCAAGAGGGAAAGUAAAAACUGUGAGAGCAAGAGGUGUAAGAGAAGAGAAGGGAAGAGAAGGCUUGCACUUGUUCCCCAGCCUUUAUUGGGGACCUUAGGAAUGUCAAGUGGGAGGUGAUUAAUGUAUACAUAACAUGACAUAGGUUUUUACAUUGGUAGCAUUGACAAUGAUGGAAUCAAAGAGGAGGAUAUUAAUCCAACCUGCGCUUUGUAAGUGAAUGUAGUCCAAGCCAGGACACUGACUGUCAACGCCCAGCCCAGGAAUUUGCUUGUCCUUUGUGCUAGUCCUUUGGACUGUCCCUUUCUAUACACAAGUGAACAUCAAGUGAUCUGACCAUGUGUCUGGUAAAUGAAUAUACAGGAUACAAUAUCAAUACAUCAAUCAUACUUCCAAGAUGUUAACAUGCCUGGUAUGCUACACUGGGAAAUCAAAGCUUAGAAAUUGCUAGACAUGUAGCCUGCUCCCUAGCAUGAAAAAAAAACAAACAAAUACUAUGUCCAGCCAAGAAAAUAAUAAUAAUACAAGAGUUCUGUGAGAAGAACAUACAGCAUUGAGUCAAAUGUUGACAUGUUGAAUUGGCAUGUUAACUGUGAUUUAUUAUCCUAUAGAAAACUCUGUUUAGAACCACUGAGUUAAUCUACAUCCAUUGUUUCCAUUUUGAAAAUGAUUACUAACCAUUGUUUCUGAAAAAGGCUUACCUAAUCUCUCAGCCUAUGUCACUUUCCCUAUAAAGUAUGUAACCCAACUCAUAAAUUCUGUCACCACCCAGAGAGAGGAUGUCUGCGUGUCUAUCAGUCUGGAGGUUUGGUCCUCCUGUAAUCCCAGAACCAUUUUUCUCAUCCCGGUUCCUUGAGCAGAAUUUGACAUAUGACUAUGCAAACCUUCACUUAAUGGCCUGAGUGCCUUCUUUAGUUCUAAUACUGAACCUGAACUAACAGGAUAUUGGCCUAUAUCAGGCUUGCCCCUAACAGGAAUGUUUUAUUAUACCUCUUGCUAUAUCUCUCACUAAAUCUCUUUUUUAACUAACUACUGAUGUCACCUGGGUGAUUAGAGAAAAAGUAACAAGGCAGUGAGGCUAUCAUUUGAGUGGAUGUGGACCAACAAAAAUCUUGAAUGUGGUGUAAAUUAUUCAAGGGAUCCCACAUGUGAAAAUGCUCUGGGUAUUAUACUUAUUCUCCUAUUUCUUAUUUUUCCCCAUUUUCCUUUAUUACAGGUUCCAGACCUUUAGCUAAUGUGUGGAGUGAAUUUUGGGGAGCUAGCACCCCCAUUAAUAACUCUAAUGAGCAGACAGGAGACUUUGAUAUGAUGCUAGCAGGAUGUGGCUUUUUUUGUAGAAAGAGCAGACAGCAUGGGGUAACAGAAGCAAUGUUCAGGGGUAUACAGAUGAAUUCAGAAUUUAUAGAAAAUAAAUACAAUGCUCCUCUUUAGCCACCCACUACCACUGGUGUGUUUUACAUUGUCUGAUGUUAUACUUUUCUUUAUCUUGUUAUUCCUUCCUUUCACUCCCAACAUUCUCAUCAGUUCCAUAAGAGUAUUCCUCAAGUUUGCAAUUUCUAAGUUGAGUCAGAGUUUAGACAUGGUCAAGGUCUUUUAUUUUAUUUUUUAAUAACUUAAAUUUUUUAUUUAAUUAAUUUAGAAUAUUUUUCCAUGGUAGCCAAAGAGUAAUUCCACUGGGUUUUACGUGUGUCAUUGAUCAAGACCUAUUUCCAUAUUAUUAAUAUUUUCAUUAGGGUGAUUGCUAGAGUCUACCUCCCCAAUCAUAUCCCCAUUGACCCAUGUGAUCAAGCAGUUGUUUUUCUUCUGUGUUUCUAUUUCUACAGUUCUUUCUCUGGAUGUGAAUAGCUUUUUUUUUUCUUAUAAGUCCCUCAGAAUUGUCCUGGAUUAUUGCAUUGCUGCUAGUAGAGAAGUCCAUUACAUUCAAUUGUACCACAGUGUAUCUGUCUCUGUGUAUAAGGUUCUCCUGGUUCUGCUCCUUUCACUCUGCAUCAAUUCCUGGUGGUUGUUCCAAUUUAUAUUCCUCCAGUUCAUUAUUCCUUUCAGCACAAUAGUAUUCCAUAAGGUCAAAGUCUUUUAGAAAGAAACAUUUUAAAAAAUAUUUUAGAUAGGGGAUUAAGUUCUCAUGGGAAUCUCUUGAGCUGUAAAAUUUUGAUUGAGGCAUCAUUUUCCAGCCUUUGAAAUGUUCAUUGAACAGGUUGUCAGGUCAAUUGAGAAUCAAUAACAAAGAAAAGAAAAGGUGCUUGUUUAUCUUAUUUAAAAGCAGUACUAACCAAGGCAAUCAAUAGGGGUUUGAAUGGGGGAAUAGUUUCCUUUAUUCACUACAGGGAGAUUAGUUCCUGCUAGUUGUCAGCUGGUAGCAGUAUGCAGGGAUACAGGCUUCUUCUCUUUUCUCUGAAGGGUCUUAACUUUAAUCUUUAUUGAAACAUUACAGGGAUUCAAUAAUCUGAAAUUAUCACUAUUACUAUUAAUCCUAAUGCUAACUAUAGUUACGAAUAAUAUGUUUGACUAUGUGGGUGACUAAAUAUUUGAACUUUAUCCCUAUUCCUGAUCAAAGAGUGGAUUUUAUUGACUAAAAAAAAACCCUUACCUUCCAUCUUGUGAAUAAUACCCUACUGAUUUUAUUCCACACAGCUACCAUGUUCCAUUUUACCUUUUUUUUUCCCAUCAAUAUUUUUUCCCCAUCAAUAUAGAUAUCACUACCAUAACUUUGGUUAGCUAGGAAAAGCAAUGGAUAGAGCUUGGAACUAGAAGACUUAAAUUCAAAUACAUUCUCAGACACUUAGUAGCUGUGUGCCCUGAGUGAGUCACUUAACCUAUCUGCUUCAUUUUUCUCAUUUUGUAAAAUGAGCUGGAAUAGAAAUAGCAAACAACUCCAAAAGCUGCCCCCAAAAAACAAAAAAGGGUCACAAAGGGACACAAUUGGAAACAACUAAACAACACCUGUCUUGUUUUUCACUAUCCAAGUUUACUAGAUUCUUUACUAUCUUCCUUUAGUUGAACUUUCCUCCUUGACCCAUCUUCUUUGCCUUCCUCUUUACUAUGCCUCAUUCUUGCUCAUUGAUUGGACCCUCUUCAUUUCUCAUUUUCUACUCUCUUCCAGUCAUCCACUGUUCGUCCAACUCACUAACACUAAAACUUGAGAUGCACUAUCUCUACUUUUACUAUGAACUCUGGCCAUAAAACUAUCCCCUGGCCUGUCUUAGCCAUGUCUCUUUGGUUUGUUUAUUGGACUCUUCAUUCUUUUUGUGUAAGGGAUACCGUUUUAUAGAUAUGGAAAAAUCUAGAUGAACAUGGGGGGAGGGGGCUUUUUUGGAUCAUAGAUCUGAAGCCAAAAGGCAACUAAAAUGCCUACUAGUUCAACUCCCUCAUUUUGCAUUUAAGGCAACUGAAUCAUAAAGAGAUUAAGUGACUUUUUCACAGUUAUACAGGUAAUAAAAACAUCAGAGGCAGGAUUUGAAUCCUGGCCCUCUGAAUCCCAAGGAGAUUCCAAAAGUUGUAAGAAAGGAACACAGGUAUCAGCUGUUCAUGUCCUCAUGCCCUCUAGUGAAGCUGUUUCAUUUUUCAUCAUCCUUUUUUUUUUGGUCACCACUGGAUAAAAGAUGGCCUGUUUACUGUUUCAAUUAGUCGCUGGAGAUUUGUAUGACUGGAAUUGAUUCCUCGCUGAAAAAUCCUAACUUUCAGCUAAAAUUUUGUCAUUUUCAAACAAAGGCAUGUAAAAUUCCCUACAUCUCACAACCUGAGAUCCAAUGUUUCAGUAUUUAAAGAUAUAGUUUGUUCCCUCAAUGGGACAAAGGUGUGCUGGUGGGUGAGGAACAAAACACAGUUUUAAAUUUAAUCUGCAUUAUUAAUUCAUUUUCUCCAUCAUUUUCUUAAAUCUAGUCAAUCGACAAAACAAUAAAUUAGACCUUCAUUUUAAGUGUUUUCCAGUUUCUGAGGUGCAAAGUCUUACAUUAAAAAAAAAUCAACAAUUAAAUCUCACAAGCAGGGAGGUCAUGGCUCCAAAACACUCCAGAGUCGAAGACGUUUUCAAGGUUGUAGCAGGGUGCCCCGAAAGCACUGUAUGGGAGUAACCCUUACGGGUUAAAUUUGAUGUCAAGAUAAAAAAACGCACGGAGACACCGGGUAUUAUCGUGGUCCGGAAGUGCCUGUGGUUCCCUUGCUUCGACUCCGCAGAGCCAGCUCCUGGAGUUCCGCGUCUGAGUUUGUUUGGUCUUGGCUGUGAAGUAGUUCAACUUGGCGUUUCUUCUUUCGGACUGUUCGGUCACACUGGCCACCCACAGGCUCGCCAGCCAGCCUUCAGGCCCAGAGUAGAGACUAACGGAGGGACCGACCCUCUGUCGGAAGAAGGAAAGACGAAAGAAAAGAACCCGACUCCGCUAGGAAGGAGUUUUGUUUUCACGUUGGGGCGCCUGGGGGUGGGGGUGAGGGUGGGGAUGGGGGGUGGGGGUGGGCCCCCACCCCGCUGUGUUUUAAUCUCUCCCGAGGGCCUUCUACUUUCUGGACCGGCUUCGAGCCCCAAGAUACCAUUCCUGGAGUGGCAACUCCGAACUUGGUGGAUGGAAAUCCGGGUGAACGGCAUCCAUCUUCCAGCAUCACAGGAGGCGCUGAGGGCUUUGCUCGGUACCUGUAUCCUGAGGCAGGAAUUUCCUGAAAAAGCAAAAACCCCAGCUGGAGUGAGCCCCCUCUUGAACUAUUCCAAUUCAGAAUGGCUACAGGAUCCAAGGAUGCUUCAGCCUUGGACAACCAGAUUUCUAAAGAACAGUUAGAGCUCCUGGCAGUGAAAAUGGAAGAGAAGAAGGAAUGCAGAUAUGUACAGAAAUCAGGUCUUCAGAGAAACAGUCCCUCCAACUGGGAAUUGUCUAGACAAUUCAGGAAUUUUUGCUACCAAGAGACUCCUGGGCCCCGGGAAGCGCUGAGUCAGCUAAGGGAGCUUUGCUGCCAAUGGCUAAGGCCAGAAAGUUGUACCAAAGAACAGAUCUUAGAAAUGCUUGUUCUAGAACAAUUCCUGAGUAUCCUUCCUGAUGAACUCCAGACCUGGGUUCUGAACCAACAUCCAGAAACUGGAGAGGAGGCUGUGAGCCUUUUGGAAGACUUGGAAAAAGAGUUUGAUGAAUCAAAGCAACAGGUCCCAGCCAGUAUACAGGGAAAGGAGGGGCUCUGGAAGAAGAUGACUCCUCUGAGCUCAGCCCAGGAAUCCCAGUGGAAUAUACAGCUCCAGCCUGUGGAGACCAAGCUUAAAUGUGAAUCUCAGGAAUUCUAUUCCCUCCAAAAGAGAGCUCUCCAAGUUCCUGCCUGCUUCACCAAAGAGACCUGUAAAGACCUGGAGACAGCAUUUUUUCUUCCUAGUCCAAGGCUUCAGAACUUGUUCAGGCAUUUCUCUGAAAGGAAACUUAGUCCAAAUUCUGAUGUGAGACACAUUCAGGGGUUAUUGAAGAUGGAGGGUAAAUCCUUGUCUCUCACUCCUGACGAAUGGGGGCAGCUGGAAUUAUCUGAAAUGAUCCUCUGUAGAGGCACAAACCAGAAAAAUUUUGAGGACAAGAUCUCCUUGGAUAAUAAACUAAGUAUGGAUAUCAGAGAAUCAAUCCAAAAACAAGAACUUCCCAAGAAAUUUCACCUACCUUGCCAGCUUAGCAGCGAAGUUUCCAGGGAUCUAAGAGGUGGGAAAUCUGGUGAACAAGAAAGCAGAUUAGAAAAAAAACAGAGAAACACUACUAGAAGAAAACAAUAUAAAUGUGAGGAGUGUGGAAAGUAUUUUGCUCAAAGUUCAGGUUUGAGUAAACACAGGAGAAUUCACACUGGAGAAAAACCUUAUGAGUGUGAUGCAUGUGGGAAAGCCUUUAUCGGGAGUUCAGCUCUUGUUAUACACCAGAGAAUCCAUACUGGAGAAAAACCUUAUGAGUGUGAAGAAUGUGGGAAAGCCUUCAGUCACAGUUCAGAUCUUAUUAAACAUCAGAGAAUCCACACAGGUGAGAAACCCUAUGAAUGUGAUGAUUGUGGGAAAACUUUCAGUCAGAGCUGCAGCCUUCUUGAACAUCACAGAAUCCAUACUGGGGAGAAACCUUAUCAAUGUAGUAAAUGUGGAAAAGCUUUCAGGCGGAGUUCACAUCUUCUCAGGCAUCAGAGAAUCCACACUGGUAAUAGAUGUUUUCAUGAUGCUGUGCACAGUGAGGCCUUUGAAAGUAAAGAAGAGACAGAAACACAGUGGGGAAAUCUUGAAGAACAAGAACCAUAUAAAUGAGAAAAAUUUUACUGGGAUCACAGGUUUUGUUGAACAUUAAGAGAAUACAUGCCAGGAAAAAACCUAAGUUUAAGAAUUCCUACCUUAUUAAACAUCAAAGAUGCUGCAAUAGAAAAAAGUCUCUAUUGAUGUAACCAGUUUAGUAAAUACAGAACUGUAUUAUUUUGAAAUUCCACCUUAAAAGUGUCUGUAAUUAUAGAAUCAGAAUUAAAAGAAUCUUAGAGGCCACAUACUUCAAAAAGAAUCUCUUCUGCAAAAUAUCUGAAAAAUGGCCAUCAAGAUUUUGCUUAAAGAUUUCAAACGAUGAGAAUCAGCUACCUCCUGAAUCCACUGUUGAAUGGCUCUAAUUGUCAGGAAGUUUUUCCUUUCAUGAAGGCUAAAAUCCACCUCUUGGCAACAUCUAACCAUGGCUAUACACAUGGACCAAAUAGAAUAAACCUGGACCAUUUUCUAUGAAAAAAACUUUUAAAAUACUCAACUAUAUUUUUUCUCAAAGCUCAACACCUAGUUCCUUUGGAUGACCCUCAUAUGAAAUUAUCUUCACCCUCUUAGUUGCCCUCCUCAACAUUCUAGUUUAUCAAUGUCUUUCCUAAUAUAUGGCAUCCAUGACUAAGCACAGUACAUCGGCCUGUGCUCUAACUAAGGCAAAGUAUAGUAGGAUCACCUGCUUUCUGGACACUAUGCCUUUCUAAAAUGCUUAUGGUCAUAUUAGCUUUUUAUUAUAUUGAUUCAUUAAACUUGAAACCUACCAAAACCUCCAGAUAUUUUUUAAACAAAUUAGCAAUGCCUUCCCCAUGUUGUGCUUGUGAAGAUGAUUUUUGAACCUAAAUGUUUGAUUUUACAUGUUUCCUUUCAUUAGAAUUAGCUAAGUGUAGAUAGAAUCUAUCAAGAUUUGUAGAUCAAGAUUUAGAUUGUGUUAGCAAUCCCUUUCAUCUUUGCAUUAUCUAUUAACAUUAUAGACAUUCAUUAGAGCUAGAAGGAACAUUAUAGGCCACUUACUUCAACUUUUUCUUUCUAUAAAAGAAAAAAACUGAGAUUCAGAGAUGUUAAGGUUCAAAGUCAUGCAGGUAGUAAGUAGCUUACAUUUGAGCAGAGCUACAAAUCCAUCAUGCUUUUUAUCAUACAUUCUAUCUAACCCCUUCCUCAUGUCAUUAAACAACAUAGAACCAAGCAUAAAUUACUGGGGCUCUUUUUAAUAUAAUUGUUAUUCUAUAUGUUUUCUUGUAAUGCUAUAUAUCUUAUUUUGUACAUUUAAAAAACAUUAUUCUGAGAAGAGGUCCAUGAUACAAAAAAAGUUAAGAACUCUGAUCUAGUCCUAAUCUCUCCAUCUCCAAGAAAGUACUGCAAGAGUCAAAUAUUUUACUCUUCUACAGUUUUUCUCUGAUUGAGUCUGGUGACCCUAUGCUACCCUCCCUGAAAAAGAAAUCAGUUUAUUCCAUCAUAGUUCAGCUUUUUAAAAUUAAUUUUUGUUGAUAUCCUUUAAUGUUAUAUAUGUUUCCUACUGUAUCUCUUCAAUAGUUCCCUCCCAGAAAGCUGUACUUUAAAUAAAAAAAAAUUUAGAACAACUAACAUUGAAAAAUCUAAUAUUAUAUAUACUAGCCAUAAAGGUGGCCCCUACUUCUCUAUCUCCUCUUGGGGGUCAACCAACCUUUAUGAAUUUAAAUUGUUUUCUUUCUAUUUUAUAUUGUAGUCAUUAUGAAUGUUUUCCUGGCUUUGCUUCACUUUUCAUCAUUUCCUAAGUCUAGCUAUGCUUCUUUUAGCAUAGAAAUAUUUCAUUAUAUUCAUGUGCCGAAAUGACUUUAGCUAUUCCCAAAGGAUAUCUACUUUAUUACCAGUUCUUUGUUACCACAAAAAGUACAACUAUAAAUAUAUGGUAUCUAUGGGUUGCUUCUUUUUGUCAUUGGCCUUCUUCUGUGGGAUUUCUGAGACAAAAAGUAUGCAAGUUGUAGUCAUUUUUUCCACAUUAUUCCAAGCAGAUUUCCAGAAUAGUUAUAGUUCAUAGCUCCAUCAAAAAAUAUAUCACUGUGCCUAUCUUUUCACAUCCCUUCCAACACUGACCAUUCUUAUAUUUUAUCAUCUACCAAUUUCCUGGGUACGAGGGAAAGGAACCUUUGCAUUGUUUUGAUUUGCUUUUCUCAGUAUUAAAGAUUUUAGGACAUUCUUUCACAUGUUAAUAGUUUACAAUUUUUCUUUUUUUUUUCAUAUCCUUUCAGCUCUCAUUUACAGAGGAGUGGCUUUUGGUCUUAUAUACUUGUGUUAAUUCUCUAUUUAUUUUGGCUAUUAGACCCAUGCCCAAGAUAUUUGAUUAAGAAAUCUUUUCUCAGUUAACUAUUUGACCUUCUUAUCUUAGUUACAUUCAUUUUGUUCAUGAAAAAACUUCUAGUUUCUGUAACUGAAAUUAUCUAUUUUUAUAAUCAUCUUUAUUCCUUUGUUUAAGAAAGAUACAUAGUUCAUUUCUCUUCUGAUUUUUUAGAAAGUAUGAUUUUAAUAUUCUUCAUGUAUGCAUUUUUACCUUCUUGUAGUAAAUGGUAUAAUAUGUUGGUGUAAACCCAAUUUCUGCCACUAUUUCAAGUUAGUUUCUGUUAUAUUCUUAUCAAAUAGAAAGUCUUUCUAAGGUAAUCUAUGUUUUUAUAUUUUUGAACAUUGGAUUAUUGAGUUCAGUUAUUUCUGAUUCUUCUAUGUAAGAUCUGUCCCAUUGAGCAAGUUUUCUAUUUCUUAACCAGAAUGAAAUAUUUUUGAUGAAUUCUCCUUUACAAUAUAGCUUGAUGUUUGCAAAUGCUAUUCUUCCUUUAUUCCAAAUAUUUUUCUUGAUUGUCUAGAUCUUUGAUAAAUAUUAUUAUUUAUCUAGAUCUAUAAGGUAUAUCUUUGGUUGUUUGGUUUAGUUUAGGCAUUAAGUUUGUAAAUUACUACUGUAAUAUUGUCAUUUUUAUUAUUUUGGCAUAGCCUAGCCAUGAGUACUAAAUAUUCUUCUAAUUAUUUAAAUCGUAUAUUUCUUUGGGGAGCAUUUUAUAAUUAUAUCUAUAUAGAUAUUGAAUGUGCUUUGUUAGACUGACUUCCAGGUAUUUUGUGCAUUUUGUAGUAAUAACUUCUGAUAAGAAUAAUCCAUAUUCCCAUAUAAACUUAAUGCUAAUUUUCUCAGCUUUGAAUCAGCAUUUCACUUCUCUAUAGAAAGCUUAUCAGGAACUUCCUCAUAAUUAAUGUCACACAUCUCCAUUUAUAGUCAUGUAUUUAAUAUUCUCUAAUCAGUUUAUUCCUUAUAGCAUUAGUUUAAUUUUUAUUUUCAGUUCCAAAUUCUCUGCCUUCCCCCCCACCCCCAACCAUUAAAAAAUCAAGAAAUACCCCUUAUACAUGCAAAAUGUUACCUAUGUUCUGGGGAAGAGAGCAGAAAACAAAACCAAGAAAAAGAAAGAGGAAAAAAUGCUUCAGCCAAUACUUUGAGUUCAUCAGUGCUCUGAGUCCAUCAAUUUUCUAUCUAGAGGUAAAUAGCAUUUUUCAUUAUGAAUGUUUUUUAUUCUAAUGGUUCAUUGUUUUUAUCCGAGUUACUAAGUCUUUCCCCAUGGAUUAUGUUUACAAUAUUUCUGUAACUGUUAGAUCAUUCUGUUUCUGCUCACUUCAUUUUGCAUUAAUUCACCUGGCUUCCCCAUUUUCCUUGUAUUGUUUCAUAAGACAGAAAACUUCAUAUUCAAGUAACACUGCUGUAUUGUCCAUAAUAGUUUAAUUUUCUUCCUGCUUUUACUACUACUCCUCUUGAGUCACAAAGAAGACAUUAUUAAUUUUUCCAUAAAGUAUAAAAAUUAAAUUAUUUCUCUAAUCACAAAAUAUUAUAUUUUAUGAUGUUUAUUAAGGAUUAUUAGAAAAUCAAGGAAUAAAGAAGAUACAAAAUAAAAACCACCUGCCCAUGACUGAUUAGCCCAUUUAAAAUUCCCAUACUUAGCUUACCACUAUACUUGCUGCAUCAUUUGCGAAGGAAGAGAGGAGAGCGUGGGAGGUGUUAUUGCCAGUUAAAUACGAAUUGUGAUCUCGCCAAUGUGGAGACUCAAGAGAAAUUAUAGGGAAUUCUGGGAAAUACCAACGACAUCUGGGUCUAGGGUUAAAAAUCUCCAUUUAUACAUUCCCCCCUGUGUAAAGGGUGAAUACUGAAAAAAUCUAAAUUUAAAUGGUCUCCAAGAGAAAUCCCAAAUAAUAAAAUACCCAAGUCAGCUGCCA